AAGGCAACAUAAUGAUAUAAACUACUGUCUGUCGAGUGAAACAGGUCUGUGUGCUACAGGGGUUUAUUCCUCAUAUGUUCAGGAUCAAACAGUAGUCCGAUAAUGGCGUGUUUGUCAUCAGUAACUCGUCACUCAGCGACAGAUAUCUUCACUUGUUGUAGCUCAGCUAACGCUAAUGCUAGUGUUAGCUUCCUCUCAGCCUGGUGAAGAGGUAGAUAACAACAGGAGGUGUGACGUGUUCAAUGGGACGUCACUAGAUAACUGAACAGGUGAUUCACAGCAAAGGUGUCAGCUCAGGUAAAAAACAGCAGCCUGUGUGGGACUUUUGGUGUUGGAGUGUCAGUUUUUGUUUUGAUGUUUUGACCAUAAAAGUAACUAUUGAUGAAAUGCUGGGAAUGCAGCCACCGCUCCCACCUGAGGCGGUCAGAGAGCUGGUGUGCUCCUGUCUGCACAGAGACCCAGUAGCAGCAGACCUCCGUUGCAGCCUGUUUGUUGCUGCUGCACAGAACUACAAGAGGGACUCUUUGCUCCGACCCUUCCCCCCGAGAUACAUAAGUGGUGAAAAUAAGGACUUUGAAGAGCUGUUGGCAGAUGUGCACUCUUUGCCUGGUGUGAGAGAGUUGGUGAGACUCCGACCCAGAGAGGGAGAUCAUCAUCUGGCGCUCACACACUGGAUUCUCUCUUCAAAGAGCUUCGCUGUGAAGACGCUACAGAAAGAUGAGUAUGCCAAACUUUGUGACCUGACGGAAAAUGAAGGGAUCUCUGCGCCUGUGCCCGACUUCCUGUUUGAGCUGGAGUACUGCGAUGAGAUGAACGCCAGGUUUGAGAAGACGAGGGAAGGCAGAGACGUCUUCUAUGCAUUCCACGGGAGCCGCCUGGAGAACUUUCACUCUAUCAUUCACAGCGGGCUGCACUGUCACCUCAACAAGAACUCGGUGUUUGGAGAGGGGACCUACCUCACCAGUGACCUCACCAUGGCCGUCCUCUACAGUCCCCACAGCAGCGGCUGGCGAGAAAGUCUCCUGGGUCCACAGCUCAGCUGUGUUGCCUUGUGUGAAGUCAUUGAUCACCCAGAUGUGAAGUGCCAGGUGAAGAAAAAAGAUUCUGAGAUCAUUGACCGCCAGCGCUUGAGAGCAAAGAACAGCGAAGGAGGGGACGUACCGCAGAAGUAUUUUGUAGUCACCAACAAUCAGCUUUUGCGAGUCAAGUACCUGCUUGUUUACUCUCAGAGGAAGCACAUGUCCAGACGUUCCCGCAGACCCUCCUGGCUCCUGAGACAUCAUUUUGCCAUCAUGAUGAGUCUCUACCUUCUGCUGCUCAUAUUCAUCGGUGCCUUUAACUCCACCAACUUCGUAUCCUUUUGGAACAGACUGUUCAGGUGACGAAACAACGGGACAGACGGCCUGGAUGUUUAUUAUCCACAGUGCCUUCCUGAUCAGAGACUGGCUCGAGGCCUGAGCAAAGAUAAAAGUUUUAUGCACCUUUUAUACUGUUUUCUUGUUUAUUAAUUUUGUUGAAAUGGGUAAUUCUGCAUUUUGAAAAUGUUAUGCAAUGUUUCAACUGUAAAUUGUUUGGUUUAGUAAACAUCCUGAUUUUAGAUAAGAUCUGUUGCUGUGUGGUUUUAGUCCAGUGAGGACACAGUCUUACUAACCAAAGAAUUAAAAGAAAACAACAUCUUCUUGUUUAAAUAACUUCACAGCGAAGAGUCGAGCGUUAAAUGUCCUUUUUGGUUUGUUAGGUCUUAAGUUAGGUCUUAAGUUCUGAGAGGAUUAUUAGCACAUUAACUGAUUGCAUGGACUCAUUAGUGCCAGCGAUGCCUGAAUGGCACUAAUGACAAUGUCCCAAUUUAAAUUCUUACUUUUUAAUGUUAUGAUUUUGUAUCUCUCAGUUAUGGGUAGGGACCUUUUUAUAACUCAUGAUUUAAGUGUAAUUUUAAGGUAUUCAAUAUAAUGGUUAGGUUUAAUAAAGAUAGAAUAUAUGAGGUGGC